AUGGCUGUGUUUGAGCUGUUUUGUGCAGGUUUUAAUAGCCUCAUUGUAGUUUUUAACAAUAUUUCCGGCUUAUGGUAUGUUAUAGCGACCUUGACAUUGUGUUCCGUUCGUGCAUACGCUUCACUUGUCGCAACUAUUUCGUCUACGCUCCUACUCACUGCUAUCGCAAUUGACCGUUAUAUUCUCACUUGUAAACCUUUCAAUACAUGUUACUCGAAGCAGAAAGCAAAAUGGAUUUGUAUCGGUGUAAUCGUUAUUAGUAUCGUCGCCUCAACACCAUCGUUGGCACUAGCAACUUUUGACGAUGAAAAUAUGAAAUGUUUGCAAACUGUGAAGAAUCCAGUUCUUCAUAACAUAUUGCAGAUGUCCCUUGGAGCAACUUAUGUCGUUAUGUUUGUUGUAGUUAUAUUUUGCUACAGUAAGGUGACUAUUUUAAUACGGAGAAGACACAAACAAAGGAUCAAUAAUGUUCCCUUAACGUCAGCAUCAACAUCUAAACAUUCGACUGUAUCAAUAAAGCUCUCUUCCAAAGCUCGUUUUGUAAAGAAUAAAAAUAAAAUUGCACCAAAACAUCAAUGCAAAGGUAUUGAAAUAGCUACAGUUGAGAAUAGCUUGAAACCUGCAAGUACUGGGCAUGAAACUGAUCUAGAUCUGAAAAGUACCAUUCGAGAUAAAGAAGAGGUUGUACGUAUCUCAGAUACUGAAAUACAGGCACUUGAAAUGCAGAAGAUAAAUCGAACAACACUGAUCAUGUUUCUGAUCACGACAAUAUACAUAUUAACAUGGGUUAUUCACUGGUUAAAUAACGCUUUAGUGUCACGUGAUACAGUUGCUGGGCGAAAUGUCAUUCAUCUAACAACAUAUUUGUACAUGAUUAACUGUGUAACAAACCCUAUUUUCUUUAUAGCUAUGAGCUCUAAAUUUCGAAGAAAUGCUAAAAUACUUUUCACGAGAAUUAUAAACGUCUGCAGAUCUUCCCGCCAAUAUUAG